CGUACGUUAAAGUAUUCAAAGGUAAUAUUUGUCAAUAUUAAAACUCUUGUGGGAUAAACUGGCAGAUUCGUGUCGAUGUGAAUUUUCUCUGACGGCCGGCGAUCAGCUUUACACGAUAAAGGAAUUUCACUCAAGUAUACCAAAAUGUUGUGGCAACCCUUAAACCUGUCGGACGUAUGUCCACCCAAUGCGCAUAUGGACUCCUGUACAUUGUUCGGAUAUGUGUAUCUGAACCUGUUGGUUAAGUUGUACGGUGGAAGUCGUGACAAGGUCUCCCCCGAGACUCCUCGUCAGGAGUACGACUUCAUAGUGGUGGGCGCCGGCUCCGCUGGCUGUGUGGUAGCCAAUAGACUGACGGAAAACCCCAAUUGGAAGGUGCUGUUGUUGGAGGCGGGUGGUCGUCAACCGGAUGUGACUCUGUCACCAGCACUCUCCACGGCUCUACUCGGCUCUAAUAUAGAUUGGAAUUACUCCACGGAACCCAACGGCAAGAGUUGUCUCGCUCACCGCAAUCAAAGAUGCCCUAUGCCCAGAGGUAAAGUGUUGGGUGGAUCAAGCACUAUCAACUCCAUGUCGUACGUCCGCGGGAACAGAGUUGAUUAUAACCUCUGGCAUGACCUUGGAAACCCUGGGUGGAGUUAUCAUGAUGUUCUUCCAUUCUUCAAGAAAUCUGAAAGGAAUGUUAACAUCGAGGCUCUGGAUGCGGUCUAUCACGGUGUCCAAGGCGAGCAAUUCGUGGCUCGAUACCCGUACAUAGACACACCACCCCUCAUGCUGACGGAGGGGUACACUGAAGGAGGCGCCCCGCUGAGGGACUUCAACGGAGCCUUCCAGGAAGGAAACAACCAGGCACAAGCGUUCAGUGUUCAAGGAGAGAGAGUUUCAACCAACACGGCCUUCCUACAACCCAUCAUUGAAAAGAGACCAAAUCUCGUGGUUAAAAUCGAAUCGGAGGUAGUUAAAAUUCUCAUAGACGAUAAGAAUAGAGCUUACGGGGUUGAUUAUAUACAAAAUGGCAAAAAAUAUACUGUUUAUGCGAAAAGGGAAGUGAUUGUUAGCGGGGGAUCUAUAAAUACACCAAAAUUAAUGAUGUUAUCCGGCAUAGGACCGAAAGAACAUUUGCAAGACUUGGGUAUACCGGUCAAAAAAGACUUGCCCGUGGGCAGAAACCUUCACGAUCACGUGACCUUUAACGGAAUGUUGCUUGCGUUACCGAACAGAACAUCGACUCUGGUCAGUAACGAGGAGAUUCUCCAGGCUGUGGUAGACUACCACGACAUGGAUAUCAAGGGAGGCCCGAUGUCAGCUAACGGUCCCGUUAACUCUAUAUGCUUCAUUAAAAGCCAGCCUGACUUGAUAGCACCAGAUCUACAAUUCCAAGUAGAUAACAUCCACAACUGGAGGCAGUAUAUUGAAGAUCCGAUACUUUAUGAGGAGGUGGCGUUCCUGCCGACAGCAUUCUAUGACGCCGUGGUUAUACGGCCCAUGAACUUGGUACCUAAAAGUAGAGGAUAUGUUUUGCUCAACGCGACCGACCCCCACGGAGCUCCUCUCAUACAACCGAACUAUUUCGCUGAUCGUCGCGAUCUAAUACCAUUACUGUACGCAGUCGAAUUUCUUCUGAGUCUCGAAAAAACACCAGCGUACAGAGCCAGAGGCGCGUACUACGUCCGUGAGCCUCUGCCCGCUUGUCGUGACUAUGAAUGGGGAACAGAAGCGUAUUAUAUUUGUCUGGCUAAAGAGUACACGUCUACCACCUAUCAUCCUGUGGGUACUUGCAAAAUGGGUCCAAAAGAGGAUGCAGAGGCCGUCGUGGACUCCGAGCUGAGGGUCUACGGUGUGAAAUAUUUAAGAGUCAUAGAUGCCUCCAUAAUGCCGGUCAUAAUUCGAGGGAAUACCAACGCUCCUACAAUGAUGAUAGCAGAAAGGGGAGUGGACUUUGUCAUACGACAUUGGAAUAAAAUACUUUCGAAACAAAAUGAUGAGGAUAAAUCUCUAUUAGAAUUAAUAAAAGAAACUUGA